AUGAUCCAAUUAACCAGAGUUAUAAAGUCUUCCCCAGUUGCUACCCAAUGUUUGAGAAGAAACUUCUCAGCUUCUGUUAUGGCAGGCACUACACAGAAGUCAAAGGAUCCAGAUCAAAGGAUGUUCGAUAGAAAUAAGAAGAAGCUAGAAGAGUUGGAACACGAUUCUAAAACCGACGAUCCAAACUACAAACGUCCUAAUCUAAAAUCCUUGAAGCAGAAGGGUAAGGAUGCCCCAAUCAAACAGCAUAGAGCAGAUGACGGUGUCUAUUAA